AUGAGUCAACGCUUGAAAGAAGACUUGCGAGCGUGCGGAAAGGCCGGUUCGUACGCUCGGCAAAAAGGGCGAAACAUCUCUUUUGCCCGGCCCGUAUAUUCCGACCCUGAGUUCGGAAGAACAUAUUGUCGACUGGCGAGUCCCGGCCAAGGGAACGACCGCCUGAGUGAGGAAGGUGAGGGUGUGCGGUAUCGAGCGACAGGUGGCGUGUGCGAUCCCCACGGUGCUGAUGACCAACACCGACCCUACCGUGUCAACGAUCGCCGACGCAGCGAGGUUAGCGGCGGCGACGAGCGCGUCGACGGAAGAGGCGGUAGGGGAGAACACCGCAGCAUCCUUCACGUUCCAAUAAUUCCAAAUCUUUUGUACAAGUUGGAACAUCCAAAUGAUGUUGAUUGUUCGCUUUCAAAAACUACGUCACAUGUUCCUUACAACAGCAAAGCAGUUGAAAAAUUGUUUAUACAAGAAAACGGAUCAAACAAAAAAAAAAAAAAGAUCGAUAAAAGCAUCACAAAUGAUUUAUUAGACAGUAAAAUAAAGUUCAAAAUGAAAGGAGAUCCAAGUUUUAAAAAACCUAGGAAGCAUAAAAAACCAAUGAGUACCACUCCUACUUUUACUACAACUUUUAAGAUGUACGAUGAUACCACUAUUGCUUGGUGCAUGAUAAAUUUAACUCACAGGUUAUACGAAGACGGAAGCGUCAAAGUUUUAACUGAUGAAGAAGCGUACAAAACACGCCAUGAUGCUAUUAUGAGCACAACCGUUGAAGUUGGGCUCAUGUUUGCUUCUAAAGCUAUCGUACAAUUAAUAGCCAAUCCAUUUGUUGGUUCUCUUACAAAUAAGUCGUUUCAGUUUGAUGGUGAUAUUCUUUAUUAA